CUGAGCCAGUACUGUUUUGACUUUGAGAAAGCGACUAUUUCUGAGAUUUAAAUGGUAAUAUCGAAGUUUUACUUAGUUUUUUAAAAAACUUUAUUUGUUGUUCUUGCAACUUGAAAUAUCCUGUCACUGUAAUUUGUUUGCGCGUUUUGCAGUUCGUUCAUUGUAAAAUAUGGUGCCAGAAAGUAGUAGCGACUGUAGCUCGUGUCUGACUUCAAUAAGAAGACAUUUACAAUGUCCUUAAACCUUUAUGGGUUACAGCAGUAAACCUAACAGUAGAUAAAGUGAACUUCCAGCUUUUGAAACUUCAAAAAUGUACUUGGAGUGAAGCGACAUUGGCAGAAACACGUGCCUGCACCCAAUCCCCUUGUGUGGGAAUGUCCCACUCAGCCACCCUGCUCCACAGUGCUGGGGCCACAGACCCAGAGACUCUGGCCCUUCUGCACCGGCGCCUGCUGUUGGCUGAGAAGGAGGCUGAAGGUAUAAUCCGAGACAUGGGUACAUUGGGAGUAUCCAGGGACGAAAUCUCGGGCUCUGCAGAGACAAUGGCUGCCACACAAAGUCCCCUGAAGAUGCAGUGGGCCCUGGGAGAUGAGGGCCUGCGGUGGCGGCAGCGUGACUCUCUAGUGAGCCGUAUGUGUCGCAUGGAAAGUCUGUUACAGACCCUCAAACUCACCAUCUUCCGUCUGGAGACUGACAGAGAACUGGAACUCUCUCACGCAGCUCAUCUGAAGAAUCAGCUGGCAGCGCUGCAGCAGGAGAGUGAGGAGGAGCAGCAGGCCUGCAGGAGGGAGGUGAUGAAGCUCAGGGACCAACUUCAGCAGGCUUACCAGGAGAGAGAUGAGGCUCACACAGAGGUACAGAGGUUGCGGGAGACAGUGGAGGCAGCUACAGUUACCAAGAUGGACGUGGCUGUGGCUGCUGAGGAGCUGAAGACGGUCAAAGUAGAGAUGAGUCAGAAAAUUAAGGAGAUGAAAGGGCAGUUGAGGCAGGAGUCUGCCCGCUCCGCUGAAGCUAUGAACUCUCACAGCGAGCUCCUCCAGCGGGUUGAGGAGAUGGAGAGAGUGGUGGAGAUGAAGAGGAGACAGGGUCUGCUGCUGCAGUCCGAGUGCCAGGUCUUGUCUGUGAAGGUUCAGACCAGUCGGCAGCAACUGGAGGAAGAAAAAGACAGAGGCAGACACCUGGAGGCGCGCUGUCAGCAGCUCAGAGAACAGACAGUUAUAAAGGAUUCCCUUGUGUUUGAGCUGAAAGCUGAACUGGAAAGGCAGCAGACAGAAAACAGCAAACUGCUGAAAGAGGGCAGAAAGAUGAAAGCUGCUGCUGAUAGAGUCCAGGCAGAGAGGAACCGUGUUGUCAAGCAACUGCAAGAGCAAGACCGGCUGCUGAAGGCAGCUACAUGCAACACUGAGACUGAGCUGCAGGUGGCGCUGACAGACAAAGUAAACCUGCGGAAGGAGCUAGGGAAGAUUAAAGGCGAACAUGCUCGUCUCCUGCAGAGCUCCUCCACUGCACAACAAACAGCGGCCACUCAGAAGGAGCUACUUGAGCGAACCAUUGAGAAGCUGCAGGGGGAGCUGAGCAUGGCCCAGAAAGAGGAGGAGGCCAUGAGGAAAGACCUGGAGGCUUCAAAAAAUGAGUUGUGUCUUGUUGUUACGAAGUUGGAGGGUGAGAAAAGCAGCCUGGAGACCCAGCUGAGCGAAGCCAAGCGAGAGGUGGGAUCUCUGAGCUCAGCCUUACAGAGUCAGCAGGAUGAGAACAGCACACUCAUGGGAAAAUUGGGAAAUUUACAUGGGAAAUUUAAGAUGAGUGAUCUGGAGGUCUUGCAGGGUGUCUCUCGUCCUGCAGGGGUUGUGGUCAGUCAAACCCUUGAAAGCGCCCUGGCCUCCCACACCAGACUCCACCUCCACAGCCAGAGCCUGCAUCAGGAGCUCGGGGGGCGAGAGCAGGUCACUCUCAAGCACAGGCUGCAAGCUCAGAGUGAAAUCAGGAAACACCAAGUGGAGGUGGAGAAACUCCAACGACUCCUGACAUCUACUCACUCUGAGAACAACAGAGCUCUGGAGUCCUUGCAGAAGGCCUUGGAUAUGGUCACUGUUGACAACAGAAGGCUGGCCCAGAGGCUGAAGCAGGCUGUGGUGAUCAACAGAAGUUUACACUGCAAACUGGAGCAGGGCAGAGACCAGUGCCAGGCCACCAUCACACCAAGGGCAUAGAUUUGCUCUCAGCAUUGGUAGGGGUGCAAAAACCCGGCCAUCCCUCCCAAACAAAGACAUUGGCUUUUUAAUGCCAUCAACCAAACGGUUUAUUUAUUAACAUCUGAAUUUACAAUGCCGUAUGCAAAUGUAGUAUAUGUACAUAUGUUGAAUUUCCAUAUAUGAAAUAUAUGUUAGUUAGUUAGCUGUUGUCAUUUUUUUUACAUGUUUAAAGUGAAUUAGUACCGUUAAUGUUGCUGGGAAGGGUCGAAAAUGUCUCCUUGGGGGAGGAUUGUGCGCUGUGUGCACACCAUUGUGUAAUGCCCUGUUUGACCAGCGGGUGUCUAUGGACUAUGUGUUAGUUAAAAGCAACAGAACAUUGUUUAUAGACAAAACAUGUUAGUGUGACAGGGUGGUAAAUCAAAAUGAGGGACACACACAAAUCAUUACAUUUUUACAAAAAAGUAUGUUUUUAUUCAAAAAAUAUCUUAUGUAAAUAGGGACACAGAUAUAAUCCUGACAAUAAUAAAGAUUUGAUAAAAAACAACAUUUAAUGGUGAUAUUUUAGAUACAAAUGUUGUUUAAUACGGACGUGAAAAUUGCCAUGUUCUAAGGAAAAAUGGCUAAAGUCUUUAUAAAUAGUAUUUUCUCAUUUAAUAUCAUGGCAAGAGUACUUGACUUAAUAAUUUUAAGAUUUGGAAACACACUUUUGCACAUUUUUGUGCUUUAUGCAUCUCAUCAAAUCUUGCAGACCCAAAUGGCUCCCGUUUCAUAAAAUGACUCAGCUAUCGUCUAUAUGGGGAUAUAGUGGUGUAGCAUUAUUGCAGAUCAACUUCUGAGAACUUCUCUGUGUUUGUGGGGACAAAUUGUUUGAAACCAUCAGUGUGAGGUUAUUGUGGCCAGUUGUGACACCUUCAAAAGGCUUUUUGAGGGACACCUGCAGUGACUGAGGUCAGUGUCAGGAUAAGUCUCUACGACAUGAAUGAAACUGAAGGUAACGUCCUUUGUGCAGAUUGAAAUGAGAGGAGUGAAGUUCACGCACCAAGCAGCAGGAACAUUCAAAAAUUCUCCAGGAAUUUUCUAGUUCUGUUUAUUAUUCUCUGUCCUCAGUGUUCACAGAUUCAGUUUCUUGGCUUUUACUUCUUUUCUACUGUUGUUGAUAGAUGAUAGUAACAACAUUUGAAGAGCAGAAUGUGUUCGGCUCUAGCACAGUCACCACCUUCACAGGUGAAAGUAUCGACCAGUUUAACAUGAAAACGGUGUUCAGUAGGAAACAGAUGGAACUGACCCACCAGAACUGCAACCUGGAGCAAAGCCAGACUUCAUAGAUGUGAUGCUGUGACCUCAGAGAUGUACAGUAUGUAUUCACCUCACACACAAGUUCAGAUUGUGAAGCAGUUGUCAGUGUAGUACAGCUGAUGUACAUUCGUUUUAUUCAUAACUUAAUUGUUGUCAUCAAAAAGGUGUUUAAUAAAUAAACCUGUGAUUAAAUUGUA